ACAAUUAUCAUUUUAAUUCAUUAAAUCAUCAGUUUUGUUGGUUGUGUUUUUGUGUUUUUCUUUUAACAUGUCGAGCACUCUACGAUGACGCAGUUAUAAUUCUGUCCAUAUUGAUACGUGGUGUGUUAAGAAAUCUUUACUCGUGUGAGCUUGGAUGUAAAUUUUGGAUGAUGCUGUGGUGACCAGGUGUGUUAUUGUUUAUAAAAUUACUUUUAAUGUCAACUUGUUUCUUUGUAUUAUGCGAGGCAAUGCUAUAUGUGUUUCAACAAUGCUGUCGCAACGUCGAGGGUUUGCUGUCGGGCAAAAAAAAAAAAAAAAAAAAAGCAGAUGGAAUUUUACGGAAGAUCUUACCUCUCUUUUAACUUUUGACAGUAAAUGCCAGGACAUAAGAGGAUCAUAAAACAAUAAACGUUUUUAGGAUUAAAAACAUGAUUAAGAAUAAGAACAAAAAACACGAAGAGGACGGCGCAACGCAAAGCAAUGCAUCAAGCAAUUCUGCUUCUGAAGAGUCGAACCACUCCGGUUCUGAGUCAGGGAGCCAGUCUGAGAGUCAGCAUGGAAGAGAGAAAGGCAACGAUCAUGCCAGUGAAUUCAACAGCAGCUCUGAAUCUGAAAGUCAGUCUGAUUCAGAAUCUGAAUCAGCAGGAUCAAAAUCCCAGCAAAAUUCCUCAGAGGUCAAAGAUAAACCAGUCAGCAGGAAGGAUAGAUUGGCAGAUGUUAAGAAGAUGUGGGAAGAACAUCCUGAUGUUUAUGGGGUCAGGCGGUCGAACCGGAGCAGACAAGAGCCUGCUCGUCUUAAUUUUGGAGCUCAGGGCAGCAGUGACUCUGAAAGUGAAAGUCCAAAAAGAAGAGGAGUAAGACAAAAGAAGAAAGAAAAUAUCUGGAAAGAUGAUGGCUCUAAUGAUGAUGAUGAUGAUGAUGAUGAUGAAGAGGAGGUGGAGGAGGAGGAUGAGGAGGAGGAGGAUGCCAGCAGUGCAGAGAGUGAGCAGGAAGAGAAGAAAGUCAGAUCACGACGACUUACAGCCAGAAGAACACAGACCAAAGCCACUGUCAAAAAACAAAAACCUCAGCGGAAACGGAAAAAACAAGACUCUUCAGACGAAGAUGAUGAUGACGAUGAUGACGACACCCCCAAAAGACAAACAAGGCGUCAGGUUGCCAAAAAUGUCAGUUACAAGGAGGACGAGGAUGACUUUGAGACUGACUCCGACGACCUCAUCGAAAUGGCAGGGGAGGGAGCAGAAGAGCAGCAGGAUGACAGUGAGACCAUUGAAAAAGUGAUAGAUGUCAGGAUUGGAAAAAAAGGAGCCACUGGUGCUUCAAGCACUGUGUAUGCUGUAGAAGCCAACGGAGACCCCUGUGCAGACUUUGACCCGGAGAAGGAUGAGGGGGAAGUUCAGUACCUUAUAAAAUGGAAAGGCUGGUCCUAUAUCCACAGCACCUGGGAGAGCAUAGAGUCAUUGACACAGCAGAAAGUGAAGGGGCUAAAGAAGCAGGAGAAUUUUAAGAAAAAGAAUGACGAAGUAAAAUACUGGAUGUCCAAAGCAUCACCUGAAGACAUAGAGUAUUAUAACUGCCAGCAAGAGCUGACCACUGACCUGAAUAAGCAGUAUCAGAUUGUUGAGAGAGUGAUAGCUAUGAAGACAGGAAAGUCAUCGCAAGGCCACUCUGACUUUCCCUCUCACAGUCACAAGAUUUCCUCUAAUGAGCCAGAAUACCUGUGCAAAUGGAUGGGGCUUCCUUAUGCUGAGUGUAGCUGGGAAGAUGGAGCACCGAUUGGAAAGAAAUUUCAGCACUGUAUAGACAGCUUCCAUAACAGAAACAACUCUAAAAGCAUCCCUUUCAAAGACUGCAAAGUACUAAAACAGAGGCCAAGGUUUGUGACAUUGAAGAAGCAGCCGGCAUAUGUAGGGGGAGACAAUCUGGAGCUCAGAGAUUACCAGUUAGAUGGACUUAACUGGCUAGCGCAUUCCUGGUGCAGGUGUAAUAGUGUGAUCUUGGCUGAUGAAAUGGGCUUGGGGAAGACUAUUCAGACCAUCUCCUUUGCAUCCUACCUGUUCCAUCAGCACCAGCUGUAUGGGCCCUUCCUGGUAGUGGUGCCUCUCUCAACCCUCACUUCCUGGCAGAGGGAGUUUGAAACGUGGGCACCUGAUAUGAACGUGGUGGUGUACCUCGGGGAUGUAAUGAGCAGAAAUACAAUUCGUGACUAUGAAUGGGUACAUCCUCAGACGAAAAGAAUUAAGUUCAACGCACUUUUAACUACAUAUGAAAUCCUAUUAAAAGACAAGGCAGUGCUGGGAAGUAUAAACUGGGCCUUCCUUGCAGUGGACGAAGCUCAUAGAUUGAAGAAUGAUGACUCGCUGCUGUACAAGACCUUGAUCGAUUUCAGGUCAAACCACCGUCUGCUCAUCACAGGGACACCCCUGCAGAACUCUCUCAAGGAACUGUGGUCACUGCUGCACUUUCUCAUGCCAGAGAAAUUUGAGUUCUGGGAGGAUUUUGAAGAGGAGCAUGGGAAAGGUAGAGACAAUGGCUAUCAGAGCCUCCACAAAGUUCUGGAACCAUUCCUCCUGCGCAGAGUUAAGAAGGAUGUGGAGAAGUCCCUGCCUGCCAAAGUGGAACAGAUUCUCAGGGUGGAGAUGUCAGCACAACAGAAGCAGUAUUACAAGUGGAUUUUGACAAGGAAUUACAGGGCUCUCUCCAAGGGGACAAGAGGAAGCACCUCCGGCUUCCUAAAUAUUGUCAUGGAGUUAAAGAAAUGCUGUAACCACAGUUACCUGAUCAAACAACAGGAGGAGAAUGAGACCCAAAGCCGGUCAGAACAUUUACAGAACUUGAUCCGAAGCAGUGGCAAGUUGGUCCUCCUGGACAAGCUCUUGACACGGUUGCGAGAGCGGGGGAACCGAGUUCUAAUCUUCUCCCAGAUGGUGCGGAUGCUGGACAUUAUUGCAGAGUACUUGGUCAUCAAGCACUAUCCUUUCCAGCGCUUGGAUGGGUCAAUAAAAGGAGAAAUAAGAAAACAAGCACUCGAUCACUUUAAUGCUGAAGGUUCUGAGGACUUCUGUUUCCUGCUGUCCACACGAGCGGGUGGCUUGGGCAUUAAUCUCGCCUCGGCUGACACAGUGGUUAUCUUUGACUCUGACUGGAACCCCCAGAACGACCUGCAGGCACAGGCCAGGGCACACAGGAUUGGUCAGAAGAAGCAGGUAAACAUUUAUCGUCUGGUAACAAAGGGGACAGUAGAGGAAGAAAUUAUUGAACGAGCCAAGAAAAAGAUGGUUUUGGACCAUCUUGUGAUCCAGAGAAUGGACACUACGGGACGCACAGUAUUGGACAACGGCUCAGGAACCUCAAAUUCAAAUCCAUUCAACAAGGAGGAGCUGACUGCAAUCUUAAAGUUCGGAGCAGAGGACCUUUUCAAGGAAGCUGAAGGAGAAGAGUCUGAACCUCAGGAAUUGGACAUUGAUGAAAUCUUACGGCUGGCUGAAACCAGAGAAAGUGAAUCGUCAGUGAGCGCCACUGAUGAACUGCUGUCUCAAUUCAAGGUAGCUAACUUCUCCACUAUGGAAGAAAGUGUGCCCGAGUUGGAGGAGAGGCACCCCAGGGACUGGGAUGACAUCAUCCCAGAGGAUCAGAGGAGGAAGAUAGAGGAGGAGGAGAAGCAAAGGGAAAUGGAGGACGUCUACAUGCUGCCGCGAAGCAGGAGCUCCAACAAGAAGGCUCAGGCAAAUGACAGCGACUCAGAUGUUGGUUCAAAGUUAAAGCAGCAGAGGUCAUCCGGGUCAGAAAGUGAAACGGAUGACAGUGACGAUGACAAAAAGCCUAAGCGCAAGGGGAGACCUCGGACACGGAAAAACAAUGUGGAGGGGUUCACCGACGCAGAGAUUCGAAGGUUUAUCAAGGCUUACAAAAAGUUUGGAGCCCCCCUUGAUAGGUUGGAAGCCAUUGCCCGGGAUGCAGAGCUGGUGGAUAAGUCUGUAGCUGACCUGAAGCGUUUGGGAGAGCUGAUUCACAGCAGCUGCGUAGCAGCGGUGCAAGAACAUGAGGAGCACUUGAAAGAAAACCCAAACGAGGUUAAAGGACCAGGAAAACGCAGGGGUAUUACAAUCAAGAUUUCGGGUGUCCAGGUCAAUGCCAAAUCCAUUAUUCAGCAUGAGGAGGAGUUUGGGCCAUUUCAUAAAGCCAUACCUGUUGAUCUUGAAGAAAGGAAAAAGUUUCAAUUGACCUGUCGCGUGAAGGCAUCCCAUUUCGAUGUAGAGUGGGGCAUAGAGGAUGAUGCUCAGUUGUUGCUGGGGGUCUAUGAAUAUGGUUAUGGCAACUGGGAUUUAAUAAAAACUGACCCAGAUCUCACACUGGGCAGUAAGAUUCUUCCAGAUGACCCUCAAAAGAAGCCUCAAGCGAAACAGUUACAGUCUAGAGUGGAUUACCUCAUCAAGCUGCUAAAGAAGGAACUUGAAAAUAAGGAUCUGCAAGGGGCAGAGACCAAAGUAAAGAGGAGGAAACCACGAGUGAAGAAGGAGAACAAGGCUCCGAAGGAUGAACACGGAAAUGACAUUUCAUCUCCUCGGCUUUCUGACAAUCCUUCUGAGGAAGGGGAGGUCAAGGAUGAUGGCACAGAAAAGAGUCCAACAAAGAAGAAACCAAAAAAGAAGGAUAAUAAAGAAAAUAAGGAAAAACAGGGAGCACCCAAGAAAGAUAAAGAUGGGGAAAAGGAGAAAAAGAAAUCAAAACUGAAAAAAGAAAAGACUAAAUCUGCCAGUAAAGGGAAGAAGUCUCAAGGGCCUGUCCACAUUACUGCAGGGAGUGAGCCGGUCCCUAUUGGAGAGGAAGACGACGAACUCGACCAGGAGACAUUCAGCGUUUGCAAGGAGAGAAUGAGACCAGUGAAAAAGGCUCUGAAGCAGCUGGAUAAACCUGAUGAAGGCCUGUCAGUUCAAGAGCAGCUCCAGCACACUCGCACCUGCUUGCUGAAGAUUGGAGAUCGUAUCACAGAGUGCCUUAAAGCCUACACUGACACGGAGCAGGUCAAAACCUGGAGGAGGAACCUCUGGAUUUUUGUAUCUAAAUUUACAGAGUUUGAUGCCAGGAAGCUUCACAAGCUGUAUAAGAUGGCACAGAAGAAGCGAUCACAAGAAGAGGAGAAGGGACAUAAAAAGAAGGAGGACCCCUGUGGAAGUAAAAAGCCAUUUCUAACGGAGCCCUCUGGUUCCAGUCGAGAAUCCAUGGGCUCCCAGACACCCCAGAAACCACACUUGCCUCUCUCUCAUCCCACACAGCACCACAGGGACAACUACAGCCAGCCAAGCAAGAGACAUUUUAAUAAUGCAGAUCGAGGUGACUGGCCAAGAGAUCGCAAAUACAGUUACCCAGGAAACAGUAAUCAGCCAUGGGCAGGUGACAGGCAUCACCAGUAUGACCAGCAUCGGUAUAAGGAACACCAUUACAAUGACCGCCGACCUCAUGGUGAACCCUAUCGGAGUUCCAAUAACUAUCGAUCAAGCGGCUCACCCCGCAAGCGGCAGUAUGACCAGUACAGCAACGAUCGAGAGCACCGGAGAAGCAGGGACUACUAUGAGAGGCACCAAGAUCCCAAACGGCGAAGAGUAGAUGACUUCAGAUCACAAACCUACCACCAGGGUGGCAGUCAUCCACAGGACUUCAGGAGGAUGCCUGACCAUAGAUCCCAGAUGGGCAACCAUAGCCAAGGGGCAUCCGAACAUCACCGGACAUUCCACCCAGAGAAACCUGGGAACUACAAACCCCCUCCUCUGGCAACUCCUGUUUUGAUGGACCCCCGUUCCCCUCAGUCUCAAAAAUCUCCUCAUGACUCCCGGUCGCCCUCUAGACAGGUUUCUGGAAUAUAAAAGCACUCCUGAUCUCAAAUGCAGUGCAAGACUAACUUGAGUAGGAGCUGGAAUAGACCACUGGUAACUGAUACAUGCUGCUAAGUUACAUGCCAAAAUGGCUCACCUUUUAUUGAAUGGCCUAAGACUUUCAGUUGCUGUUGGGCUGUCAGUUUAAUUUGCUGGCCAGUACUGUUGAGAGUAUAACAAGCAAAACCCCUUUACCUGUCAUUUUCUGGAAAAGGGUAAAACUAAUGUGUUGGGAACAGAUUGUAUUGAAGAAACACAGUUAUAAAAUAAACAGCCUUUGCAUGAAUUCAGCAAAAGUUGCUACUUUCACUAUAAGCAGGUACAUUUAUUUUAUUUUGCAGAUGAUGGCAAUGUUUGAGAAGUUAGUCCCAUGGACUGCUAAUGAUACUGGGCCCAAGUGAAAAUAUGAAAGUGCCUAAAACUCGUGGGUAUGAAAGUUAAAAGGACAGCAGAUGUACCUCAGUGAUGUCUGUAAAAACCAAUUCUUUAGGACAAAUGAAACAUUUGGCAUUCUGAUGGAGUUGAUUUUUCCAUUCCGUAGUUACGAGGGCUGGUUUGGAUGCGUCUGCAUGGCAGGUAGAACCUGAACGUUUCACUAGCCUGUAAGUGGCCACGUCACUGAGUUCAUGGCUUUGUUUACUGUAUAAUUUCAAGAAAUUGUACAAAGGACAAUAAUAUAUGCACAGAACACGUACAUAUAUAUUUUCAUAGAGGUCAAGUGCAAGGGUUCAUGGUAUUUCUAUUCUUUAUAAGCUCCUGUUUGCAGCUUAUUGUGUUUUACAUGGAAAGUACCUAAAGGUUAAAGGAUACUACAGUUUCCAGCUGCACUGUCUUGUCUUCUGUUUUUAGUUCUUCGUUCCUGAUUCUUUGAGGCUUGUCUUUUGUUUGUUUUUGUUUUGUUCUUCCUGAUUCAAUUUCUUAAAUGCAUUUACAACAUUUUCCUUGACUUUCAGCUAUAGCUGAUUUCACUGGUCAGUCAAUCAAGGAAAUGCCACCCACAAGGUUUGAUAUGAAUUAAUUAAAUCGAGGUUCGUGAGCCUUUUUAUAUUGAAUAGGAAAAACAAUUGAGCCAAAAAAAGUGAGUGAGUCAUGCCCGUUAACUGAAAAUAAGCAUAGAUCAUAUAUGCUGUUUUAAUGCAUACCUAACAAGUUACCAGAAAAGUAUCUUUUCUGUUUUAACGCAGCUUCCUGUAUACCCUGAUCGUUUCAUAUACAAGCUGUUUUAAGAGACGCUUUUAUAAUCUCAUUAGAAAUGAGUUCGGCCCUGGUUUGUACACUAAGUCACCUAAUGAAUGGUAUGUUUACAGCUUGCCUUGCACUAAAGAAAACAGUAUUUGAGUAAAGAAUCCAUUAAUAUGUAGUAUUGUCUGAAUGUAUUGUAAAAUAAUGUCUUUAAAGUAAGAUUAAUAUGGUUGUAUCCAUAAGAGGCGAUUUGAAAUUCUUAAAUAGAUGUUGAAAUUAUGCUUCUGUUAACAGCUCUGUUAUAAUAAAACAAGUCACAAUAUCAUUUAGCAAAUUAUUGUGCUAAUCUGGGUGUUCUUUCCUUGAAGUAUUAGAACAAAAUGUUUUUUUUGUUUUGUUUUUCUUUAUUAUUAUUUUUAAAUCCAAGUGCAAGAUCUGUAAAGGACCCUGGAAGGUGGCCAUGUACAAUGCAAAAUAGUGGUAUUGGCAACAUUGUAAGUCCAAAUGGUUUAAACUCUCAACCAUAAUACCAAACUUUAUAUCUGAAUGUGAUUAAAAUUGUAGUUAGCCUAGAUAUCAGUGCCAUAAGACACACAGAAGUGACCAGGUGAAGUGUUAGCUGUGUUUGAAGUUGCAGUAUGCCUUUCCAGCUGUGCCUUGCAUCCUACUGACUUUGUAAGCGUAUUAACUAUUUGUGAUCAACAAGCUUGAUAGAAGGUGAAAAAGACUUUAUUUAAUCAGUCAAAACAGACUUUAAUAAUAAGCUAAUUAUAUAAUAUAUAUAUAGUGUGUGUGUGAAUAGGGACCAGUAUUUGGUCUGAAAUGGUGUUUUCACAUUCUUGAAUGAACUACAUUCUCAGUAAAAAAAAAAAAAAAAAAUUGCAUU